UGGGAGACUGCCCAGCCACGCCCUCUCGGUGCUUGUAUAAAUAUACUCAAUGGGUGUAGCAGAUUACAUCAACGUAUUUGACAUUCUGACUUUGUUGUGUGUAUACCUUCAAUAUUUAUCUGAACUCACUCAAACAGAUUCUAUGCGUGUAUUAAGUUCAAGAACUUUGUCAAUAAGCAAAACUCUGUGAUUCUAACAAGACUAGAAGAUGACGUCAUCUUGGACCAUAGUCAUCGCGUUGAUCUCUUUUUGUGCUAUUUCAGCUUUUGAAUUGAAAAAGAUUAGUGAUAACUUUAUACCACUUUACUAUGGACCAUACCAGAGUCCGCCUGUCGGUGGAUAUCAGCAUUAUAAUCAACCUUCAAACCCUCAGGCUUCCAACCAACAGCCGUACAACCAACAGCCGUUCAACCAGCAACAAGCAAACCAGCAGCCGUACAACCAGCAGCAAUUCAGUCAGCAGCCGUAUAGUCAGCAGCCGUAUAGCCAGCAGCCGUACGGCCAGCAGCCGUACAGUCAGCCUUAUGUUCCGCCCUACAGCCCACUGCCUUUUGCAACAUAUGUCGAGCUUCCAGACAAUUAUUACUAUUACAUGGGCUAAUGAAGGUGGUCCCUGGCCACAGACUAACGUACAUAAAGACAUUUCUGGAGUCAGCACAGUUUAUCAUAUAUAAUAAAUGUAUUUCUUUUAUUAUAGACUUCAUGUUAUACCUGGGAUGUUAUGUUAUAUUAUGUUAUACCUUGGAAGUCAUGCAUUACCUCAGAUUUUACGAUAUACCUGAGAUUUUAUGAUAUACCUGAGAUUUUAUGAUAUACCUGAGAUGCUGUGAUGUACCUGGGAUGUUAUACUUGGGAUGUUAUACCUGGAUGAUAUGUUAUAUGUGGUAUAUUAUUUAUUGUCAUUCAAUAGUUUGUAAUGGUAAAUUUAUGUUUUUGAGUUAUUAAUUGCUAACAUUUUAACAGAGUUUUAGUUUGACAAAAUAUUUAAGAUAAUUUAAAAUUAUAAAAGUUUGUAGAACUUACAUUUAUACAAACAAAAAAAAAAAGCUUCUGUGAAUCUUUAGAUCGCAACACAUUUUUUUUAACGUUCAAUAACUUAUCAAUUUGAAAAUAUUGAGACCAGUGAACCGGUUAGAACAAUGCAUGGCACAUCCUAAUCUUAUAUAGUUUGAUUAACUUUCUGUAAAUAGCAAGUGACUUUUCUUUUCUGAAGUUUCUCAAGUUUUUGUCCAAUGGUUCUCUAUUGAAUUCUGUUCUGUUUCAUUAGAUACUUAUUGAAAACAGAAACGUCUUGACCAAAAGGUCUUGAUUUUGUAUCCUGGUCAAGGUUUCAAUUCUGAAUUUUCUUUGGUGUAAUAACCCCCUAGCGUUUGAUAUGAAAAAAACAAACUCCAAUGGGACUUGGUGCUGCAUCAUUGACGCAAGUUCUAAGUAAUAAGUAAGUCUCACACACGUUCCUCCACGCGAUUAUUAGAUAACUUAAAUUUCCCCUAGAUUUAUGUUUUGAAGGUAAAAAAAGAGUGUGACCCAGUCUAUAUUUUGUUUAGAUUAAGACAUAGUCAAGCAAUCUGUUUAUUUCCCCAAUUAAAUACUCGCUCCAUUUUAUUAGUACUUAUCAGUAAUUUACAUAUGAACUAGCUUAGGGUUAUUUUUUCAACGAAACUGCAGAUUGAAGUAAAUAUAUUGACAAAUCAAAUAUGAUUACGCUGAUUUUCAUACUUAAGGCACUUCCAAGAGAUUUUGAGACCGCCAAAAGUGUAUCCAUAGUGAUUAGUGCGCUCUGGUCUAAUCUCCUUUGAGAACCUGUGGAAUAUAUUUCUGUUCUUACUUUAGGCAACGAAAACAUCAUCGCGAUAAAGAUUGAAUUAAAAAAUCUGGAAUCUAAAGUUAACGUCUAGUCUACACAAUCUAAUUCUUUUUUUCUUAUUUCUCAAGUCUUUUAUGUUGGUUAGUGAAAUCUUUAGGUCUGUCUUUUUAUCGUCAGUGCAUUUCUGUCAAUUAUGUGUUCAGGAAAUUAAUUUAAACACCAACGUACCUUGUAAUAAACAUUGACUUGA